AUGGCAGUAGAAUUGAUUUUAAAAAAUUAUAAUUUGGUGAAUAAUAAAUGUAGAAUUAAAACAGUGAUUGGAGACGAUGAUUCAUCUGCUGUUGCAGCUUUAAGAAGGCUGUCGCCUUAUGCUAUUACUAAAUGGUCGGAUUACAAUCAUGUUAAAAAAACUUUUAACAGUAAGUUGUAUGAUAUAAAAUUAAACCCAACUCUUAGAGAGUAUUUUUCAAAGUCUUUCGCUCUUGCUAUUAAGCAAAAUCAAGGUAACGCAGAUAAAGUGAAAAAAUCAUUAGAAAAUAUCAUACCUCAUGGGUUUGGUGAGCAUGACAAUUGUGGAUCAUUUUGUAAUAAAAAAGAUGAAUCAUCUACUUACACUUAUUUUAAAAAUGGUGAACCUCUAUCAAAUAAUGCUUUAAGAGAAAAAUUAGAGAAGAUCAUUCAACCUUUCAUAAAUAGCUCUUCCCAAAUUGCUCCAUGUGCUUCAAGUCAAGUAAACGAAUCGUUUAAUAAUAUUGUUUGUUCGAAGCAUCCAAAAUCUAGAUUUUAUGGAGGAUCAGAAAGUCACUGCUAUCGCGUUACAUUAGCAGUAUGUCAAAAAAAUAUUGGCUACGAAUUUCCAGUUGAAGUUAAUAAAAUUUUGAAUUUAUCUCCUGGUAAACAUACAUCAAACUAUCGGAAAAAGAAACAAUUGCAUGAAUCUGAAAUUCGAUCGAGAAAUAGUACUGUUCCAGCAAAAAAAAGACGACUUGAACUGAAGAGAGAGAGAUCAGCCAAGAAUAGUGUAAUAGAGAACAAAGAAGGCUUGUCGUAUGAGUCUGGUUCAGGAUAUCUGAAUACCUCAGAUUUAAUCGAUGAAACAUCAAUAAUGAGAGAUGACGUUGACUUUAAAGAUUGUGCAAUAAUUAUUUUCGAUUUAGAAACAACUGGCCGUCAUGCAGCAGCUGAAAUUGUUCAGAUUGGAGCAAUAAGCGGCGAUGCUGAAUUUGAAGUGUAUAUGAUGGCUAAAGGAAAUAUGACUUUCGAAGCUUCAGAAGUAAAUGGUAUCAAAAUAUGUGAUGAUAAAAUAUUUGACGCACAGAAGCUCAUUAACUGUGCAAAAACUUCAGGUUUUUUGACAGAAAUGAUGAUGUUUGUUAAAGGUUUCUGUGAUAGCUUACCUAUUUUUAAAUUAUUGCUACCGAUGAGAGUCAAAUCUAAAUUAAGUUUCAAGCAAGAAGAAUUAGCUAAAGAAUAUUUAUAUAAAAAGGAUAUUAAAAUUUCGGACAAUGCUCUUAAUGAUGUGAUAAAUCUACAACAAUUAGUAGAAAAAUUAUUAGGAAAAUUACGAUUGCCUAUUUCUAAAUGUAUCAUGAGCAAGAUAGCUAAAUCAGGUAUAGAUAGAAAUUUAUUAGAAAAGACAUAUGAAACUAACGGUUAUGAAGGAUUAAGUGUAUUAUUAGGUGAAAACGUUACCAAAAGUAAAAAAAUUAUUACAAGUAUUACUGCAGCUUUAAAGAAAUAA